AUGGAAAUAUCAACAAUAAAUCCUAAAGAAACUAAAAGAAAUUUAUGGAAAUAUUUUAGUCCUGUUAAAUAUCAGUUACAUGCUACAAUUUCUACUAUUGGUUCAGCUAUUGAAUCAGUAGAUGAUAAAAUAGUUUAUAUGGAAGAUUUAGAAAAAAGAAAAAAAGCAUAUGGAAUAUGCGGAGAAUGUAAUGAACCUGGCACAGGAGAAGAUUGGUGUCAAUCUUGUAAUGCUAAAAGAUUUAAGGAUAGAUUUAAAAAUUGGACUAGUGAAAAUAAAGAUAUUGAUGAAUUUAUACAACAAUCACAACUUAAUGCUGAGUAUUAUAAAAAAUAUCUUGAAUGGAUACCUUUUGAAAAUUUUAAAGAUAUUACUUAUAUUAUCAAAGGUGGAUUUGGUAAAAUUUAUUCAGCUAAAUGGCCUGAAGGAUAUAUUUAUUAUUGGGAUAUUGAAAAUCAAGAAUGGAAAAAGUAUGUUGAUAAAAAAGUUGCAUUAAAAAGUUUGGAUAAUUCUUCUUGUAUAAGUACAGAAUUUUUAAAUGAGAUUAAAACUCAUCUUCAGAUUUAUCUUCUUGAUGUUAUUCAAUGUUAUGGAAUAACUCAAGAUCCAAAUACCAAAGAUUAUAUGAUGGUUUUAGAAUAUUGUGAAAAUGGAAAUUUGAGAAAUUACUAUCUCAAUAAUGAAUCAGAUUAUUAUUCAAAAAUUGAUGAAUUAAUACGAAUUGUAAGUGGACUUCUAGAUCUUCAUAAUGCUGGAAAAGUUCAUAAAGAUUUUCAUCCAGGUAAUAUAUUAUAUGAUGUUCAUACCGAUCCAUAUAUAAGUGAUUUAGGAAUGUGUCAAUCAGCAAAUAAUGAAAAGCAUUCAGUUAAACAAGAAGGUAUUUAUGGAGUGUUACCUUAUAUGGCACCAGAAGUUUUACGUGGAUACCAAUAUACAAAAGCAUCUGAUAUUUAUUCAUUUGGAAUAAUAAAAAAUGAAUAUAUAUCUGAAGAAACUCCUUAUAAUAAUAUUCCUCAUAAUCAUGCUUUAGCUAUUAAAAUAUGUAAAGGACUUAGACCAAAUAUUUUUAAAUAUACACCAAAAUUACUUGCAGAUUUGAUUACUAAAUAUCCACAAGCAAUCUAUACUAGUAGACUAUUAAAUUUCAAAAAUCUUCCAGAACCAGUAAAUUCAGCAGUUGCUACUAAAACAACAUUAUAUUCAGAAUGUUUUGACUGUCAAUUAGACGAAUCUGAUUUCAAUGAAGUUAAUCAAGAUUAA